UUGCCAUUGUUCAGACACAGCGAAUAACGUGGACAAAGACUGUGACAACAUGAAAGAUCCUUGCUCCUCCAGUCCUUGCCAAGGAAUUGUCACUUGUGUGAAUGUCCCUGGAGAAAGGAGCUUUCAGUGCCAGUGCCCUCCCGGGUACAGUGGGCUGACGUGUGAAAUUGCCAUUGGCUCCUGUGGUGCGGACUCCUGCCAACAUGGAGGUGUUUGCCACCCCGACCCUGUGCACCGGGCCUGCAUCUGCCCUGUUGGGUAUGGAGGAAGAUUCUGUGAGAUAGAUCACAAUGAGUGUGCCUCUGGCCUUUGCCACAACGGGGCUGUGUGUCAGGAUGGAAUCGAUGGCUAUUUCUGCUUCUGUGUCCCAGGAUAUCAAGGGAGGCACUGUGACUUGGAAGUAGAUGAAUGUGUUUCAGAUCCCUGCAAGAAUGAGGCUACAUGCCUCAAUGAGAUAGGAAGAUACACUUGUACCUGCCCACAAGGUUAUUCUGGUGUCAACUGUGAAUUACAAAUUGAUGAAUGUUGGUCCCAGCCUUGUCUAAAUGAUGCAACUUGUCAGGAUGCUCUGGGGGCUUAUUUCUAUGACUGCGCCCCUGGAUUCCUAGGAGAUCACUGUGAACUCAGCUUUGAUGAGUGUCUCCAUGUGUCUCAGCUGUGUCUCAUGUGUCUCCAUGGAGGGUUGUGUGUGGACGGAGCAAAUAGAUACAGCUGUAACUGCACAGGUAGUGGAUUCACAGGAACACACUGUGAGACCUUGAUGCCUCUCUGUUGGUCAAAAUCUUGUCACAAUAAUGCUACCUGUGAAGACAGUGUUGACAAUUACAUUUGUCACUGUUGGCCUAGAUACACAGGUGCCCAGUGUGAGACAGACAUAAACGAGUGCAGGAGUGAUCCCUGCCAGUCUGGCGGGGAGUGUAUGGAGCUGUCCUCAGAGAAGCAAUAUGGACGCAUUGCCCAGCUGCCUUCUUCAUUCAGCUACCACAGCGCCGCAGGUUAUGUUUGUAUUUGUCGGCCUGGAUUCACAGGAAUCCACUGUGAAGAAGACAUCAAUGAAUGUUUAUCAAAACCCUGCCAAAAUGGUGGCACUUGUGAGAACUUGCCUGGAAAUUAUACUUGUCAUUGCUCAUUUGAUAACAUUUCUAGAACAUUUUAUGGAGGACAAGACUGUUCUGAGAUUCUCUUGGGCUGCACACAUUACCAAUGUCUAAAUAAUGGAAUUUGCAACCCUCACUUCCAAAAUGGCCAACAUGGAUUCAGCUGCCUGUGUCCAUCUGGCUACACUGGGUCACUGUGUGAAACUGUCACCACACUUUCAUUCGAGGGCAGUGGCUUCCUGUGGGUCACAAGUGGCUCGCAUACAACCCAGAGCUCAGAUUGUAGCAUCAGAUUUCAGACUGUUCAGUCCAUGGCGCUUCUACUUUUCUGGGGCAACAGAGACAUGUUUGCAAAACUGGAGUUGCUAAGUGGCUACAUUCACUUAUCAAUUCAAGUCCAUAAUUGGUCAAAGGUACUUCUGUACAUUUCCCACAACACCAGCAAUGGACAGUGGCACUCAGUGGAGGUGAUAUUUGCAGAGGCUGUGACCCUUUCCUUAAUGGACAACUCCUGUAAGGAGAAAUGCAUCACUAGAGCUCCUUCUCCGUUUGAAAGUAAUCAAUCCAUGUGUGCUUUUCAGAACUCUUUUUUGGGUGGUUUACCAGUGGAAAUGACCGGAGAUGGUGUUGCACUACUUAACAUCUAUGAUACAGCAUUUGCACCUUCAUUUGUAGGCUGUCUCCAAGACAUUAAAUUUGAUUCGAAUCAUAUUACCCUGGAGAACAUUUCAUCCAGCUUGUCAUUAAAUAUCAAGGCAGGCUGCAUGCAAAAGGAUUGGUGUGAAAGUCAACCUUGUCAAAAUAGAGGACGCUGCAUCAACUUGUGGCUUGGGUACCUGUGUGACUGCUACAGGCCCGGUGCAGGCCCCAACUGUCUGAAAGAGUAUGUGGCAGGCAGAUUUGGCCAGGACGACUCUGUUGGAUAUGCUGUCUUUAAGGUUGAUGAAAAUCAUGGACAGAACUUCAGCCUCUCCAUGUUUGUGCGAACACGUCGACCAUCAGGCUUCCUUCUAGCUUUGGAAAACAGCACUUAUCACUACCUUCGUGUCUGGCUAGAGCACGGCAGACUAGCAUUGCUGACUCCAGGCUCUCCAAAGUUUCUCGGAAAAUUGGUUCCAAAUGACAGAAAUGUCAACUUAAUAUCUCUGAAAAUCAAGCCAAGUAAAAUUGAACUGUAUCAGGCUUCACAAAUGCUAGGAUUUAUUUCUGCUCCUAUGUGGAAAAUCCAAAAGGGAAAUGUCAUCUACAUUGGUGGCCUGCCCUACAGGCAAGAGACUGAAGUUAAUGGUGGGUCCUUCAAAGGCUGUAUUCAAGAUGUAAGAUUAAACAACCAGAAUCUGGAAUUCUUCCCAAAUUCAACAAACAGUGCAUCCCGCCAUCCAAUUCUUGUCAACGUGGUCCAAGGUUGUCCUGGAGACAACGUUUGCAAGUCCAACCCCUGCCGCAGUGGUGGUGUCUGCUAUACCCUGUGGGACAACUUCUGUGCCUGCUCUGUGAACACAGCUGGGAGAGGCCGUGAGGUUCGCUGGUGUGAACUCAGCCCCUGUCCUCCCACUGCCCACUGCCAACUGGUGCCCCAAGGCUUUGAAUGCGUUGGAAAUGCUGUUUUGAAUGGACAAAGCAGUGAAAUAUUGUUCAGAAGCAAUGGGAAUAUUACCAGAGAGCUCACUAAUAUCAUUGGUUUCAGAACAAAGGAUGCAAAUGUGAGAAUACUGCACACUGAAAAUGAGCCUGCAUUUCUUAAUAUUAGCAUUCAAGAUUCCCGAUUAUUUUUUCAGUUACAGACUGGCAGCAAUUUCUAUAUUCUGCACCUGAGAAAUCGGCAGGCAGUGAACGAUGGCACGUGGCACCAAGUGACUCUUUCCACGACAGAUCCAUUGGCCCAGGCCUCCAGGUGGCAGAUGGGACUGGACAACCAAACAGCUUUUGUGACCAGUGCAGUUGCUACUGGAAGCCUCAACUUUUUGAAAGACAAUACAGACAUUUAUGUGGGUGACCGAACUACUGACAACAAGAAGGGCUUUCAAGACUGUCCAAGUACAAUAGAAAUUGGAGGCAUUUAUCUCUCUUACUUUGAAAAUGUUCAUGGUUUCACAAAUAAACAUCAGAAAGAGCAGUUUCUCAAAAUCUCUACAAAUUCAGUGCAUACAGGCUGUUUGCAGUUAAAUGCCUACUACUCCAACCCCUGUUUGCAUGGAGGAAAUUGUGAAGAUCUCUACAGCUCUUACCGCUGUUCCUUUUCCUUGGGAUGGUCAGGAACACACUGUGAACUCAACAUAGAUGAAUGCUUUUCAAACCCCUGUAUCCAUGGCAACUGCUCUGAUAGAGUUGCAGCCUACCAUUGCAGGUGUGAGCCUGGAUAUGCUGGUGAGCCUGGAUAUGCUGGUGUGAACUGUGAAGUAGAUAUGGGCAAUUGCCACAGUCACCAGUGUGCAAAUGGAGCCACCUGCGUGAGCGACACUAAUGGCUAUUCUUGCCUCUGUUUGGGAAAUUUUACAGGAAAAUUUUGCAGACACAGCAGAUUACCCUCAACCGUCUGUGGGAACAAGAGCGCAAAUCUUACCUGUUGCAAUGGAGGGAACUGCACAGAAUUCCAUGCUGAAUUAAAAUGCAUGUGCCGGCCGGGUUUUACUGGAGAAUGGUGUGAGGAGGACACCAACGAGUGCGCCUCGGAUCCGUGUCUCCACGGAGGCGUGUGCCGUGAUUUACCCAAUGGGUUCCAGUGCCUCUGCGACGUGCCCUUCGCGGGCGAGCGCUGCGAGCUGGAUUUGGCAGGUGGCGUGACCUCGGACAUUUUUGCUGUCCUUGGUUCAGUGAUUUUAGUCUUGCUACUCCUCCUCUCGCUAGCUGUGGUCACUUCUAUUGUCACCUCCCACAAGAGGGCAGCUCAGGGAGCCUACAACCCGAGCCAGCAGGAAAAAGAGGGUGCUCGAGUGGAAAUGUGGAGCAGGAUGCCACCCCCCGCGACGGAGAGGCUGCUCUAGGGGCACUUCUGCCUCUCUGAGAAAGGGAUCAACGCGCAG